UGUUGUUUUUGGGGGGGUUUUUUGCAAUCACGUAUGUAAAUAUCUUUUAUCUGAAGCAGUAGAAUGUUCUGAAAUAUUUCUGCUUAGGGUACAUAUUUGGGGAACAUUUUCUUCUGGAACAUUAUAGUCUUUGUGAACACAGCAGCACCUUAUCAAGUCACCACCCCACCCUGUUCUUACUAGGUUAAAGGCUGUAACAGGCAGUCUUAUUGGCGCUGCUGCGAUGGUGUGACCAUUAGCUGCUAAUCCGGUUUUGUUAAUGAUUAGUAAGGAAGCCAGUGAAGAACCUCAACUCAGUCGCUCUGUAAGAAAAUAACAUAUUAUAUAGUUUUAUUACAAUGGAUUGUCAUAAAAAUUUUAUAUCAACACCAGCAUAAACAGCUUGAUGAUUAAUAAAUCAUAUUAAGUAUUAAGUUUCCCCAGCUGUUAUAGCAGUAACAUUCAAUUGUCUAAACAUGCCCUGGUUAGACUGUUGGUAAUUUAGACUACAACAAAGUUUAGUUUACUGUCUCAAUAUGGCUUGAUAUCACAUGAACUGCAUGACAGUUUCCCCUUUGAUGUCAAUACAGGAAGGUAUUAAACCACAAACUACUUCCUCAUCUAAGUAGAAAAGAAAGUGUUUAUAAAAGCAUGGCUCUUCGGUUCUGCUACUCUGUUUUUCUUUUGUGUUGAGCGUGAUAUUCGACACGGAUCUCAAUCUCAAACACGCCAUGACCUACCUGGCUGCAUUGUUCCUGGUCGUUCUACAGACAGUCUACGGGCCAUGUCAAGCUCAGGAACACAGUUCUCUGCGUUUUGUUGGUAUUGGAGACUGGGGUGGCAUUCCCUUCUCUCCUUUCUACACAGCUCAUGAGCAGGGGAUAGCUCAGGAAUUGGGUAGAGUUGCUGAAAGUGUGGGCUUGGACUUUGUCUUGAGUUUGGGAGAUCACUUUUAUUACAAUGGAGUCAAGGACAUUGAUGAUAUACGUUUCAAGGCUACAUUUGAACGUGUGUUCUCUCAUCCAGCUCUGAUUGCUGUUCCAUGGUAUUUGGUGGGAGGAAAUCAUGAUCACUUGGGAAACAUGUCCGCUCAGAUUGCCUAUUCAACCAGAUCAGAGAGGUGGCAUUUCCCUGAGCUCUAUUAUGAGCUGCAAUUUAAGGUUCCUCACACCAACGUCUCCAUGACCGUCCUGAUGAUAGACACGGUGGUUCUGUGUGGGAACACUUAUGAAGGAGACCAGCCCAAAAGACCAGAAGACCUCACCCUUGCAGAACAACAAUUUGAAUGGAUCGAGAAGGCACUGCAAAACACCAAGUCUGAAUAUGUUGUGGUGGCUGGCCACUACCCUGUGUGGUCCAUCGGUCACCAUGGUCCUACUCACUGUCUGGUAGAGAAGCUGAGACCACUGCUGAAGAAGUACAACGUCACUUUAUAUCUGAGUGGUCAUGACCAUAAUUUACAGUUUAUUAGAGAAGUGGAUGGAAGCUCAUUUGUUGUCAGUGGGAGCGGGGAUGUCCUGAACAACUCCACUCACCACAGGAAGAGCUUCCCAUCAUCUUGGCAACUGUUUUCUAGUCCAGUGAAUCACACUUUAGGUGGUUUUGUAUACUUUGAGGUGACAGAGAGCAAGAUGUCAAUUAGUUACCUGCAGUUAGAUGGGAAGUGUGUGUAUCAGACCUCUUUUCUUAAACGCACCAUAUGACAGACUAAAGGAAGAUUAAUAAUGAAGUUGCUCUGAAUGAACUGAGCAAAACUGAGUUUAUUUUAUUUUAACUAGCCUCAUUGCACAUGAUCUAAAAAUAUAUUGCAAGUGUCUGUUUUCUCAAUUGAUUUUCUCUCCACAUUUCAUUUCAAAAUUAAGUUUUUCCUGUCACAUCAUUGUGAGACACCUUCAUGUUUUUUGACAUUCAUCACAGUGAUGUCCACAAUAAAAGACAAUAAUGAUGAAAUUG